AAGAGGCUGCAACCGCUCUAUGAGAAGGAAUUUUCAACAUGGAAGCCAAGCGAGGGGUCGGCGCCUCUAGCUUUCCUGGAGUCGGUUUCCCUCAGAUUCCGCCUGGCUUGGAGGCACUUUACUCAGCAUGUCUACAAAUAUACAGCGAUCAGCCUAAUCCCUUGCAGGUCGCAGCAGUCUUGAAGUACUGGCUGGGUGGUCCAGACCCGCUCGACUAUAUCAGCAUGUACGCCAAUCAAGGGGAUGAAAGCAAAGAUAUUUCUCCUCACUGGCACUACGUCAGCUUUGGAUUGUCGGACCUUCACGGAGAUGGCAGGGUUCACGAGAUCUCAAGUGCAGACACGCCGAGCGGCUUUGGUUUCGAGCUGACAUUCCGGCUGCGCAAGGAACCCGACGAGACAGGACCGCCAACUUGGCCGGCCGCCGUAAUGCAGGGCCUGGCUAAGUACGUCUUCCAGUCUGGAAACGUGCUGUGCGACGGCGACCACGUCUCCUGGCACUGCCCGCUGGACAACAGCGAGUCACGGAUCGAGCACAUGCUAAUGAUGGAGGACCCGCAGCUAGGGACGGUGGCGACUCCGUUUGGACCGGUCAGCUUUAUUCAAAUUGUCGGCGUUUGCGCAGAGGAGCUCAAGGCAGCCCAGCAGUGGAAUGGUCGCAGCUUUGUGGCACUCAUGCAACGUGUACCGGGCGCAGGCGGCCCUUGGCUCGUGACGAACAUGCGCCGAGGAGAGACGGUUUUCGAACUGGACCCCAGUAUCCAGGACGCAGUAGACCAGGGAAUCGAAAACGAAGGGUCGGACCUGAGUGGCGUCAGUGCCAAGCUCUGCUGGUCAGAGGAGUUCCCCCCUGUCGUGCAAAGUGCCAAGGAAUCUGGGAGCAACACUUCUGUUGACACACCCAGCAUAUCGCAUUACGAAUCUGAGGAAAUAAAGCGGACACUCAAAAAAGGACUGCUGGGCAGUCAACCAAGCAGCGAAACAGAGGAUAAUGGCCUGGAAACGCAAGAGUUGGCUCAAACUCGAGCUUUGGAAGCAGUUCACCUGCAGCUCAAUUUGGAAGCUGGGCUGCUGUUUCCAUUAGUCCUGAGGGGACGAUUAAAACAUGGUCGCCAUUUUACCUUCAAGAGUUCAGUUGACAGCGCUGCAGUUACACUAGUCGUUCCAAGUGUUAUUGGUGCCUUUGCAAAUGCAGAACAGCCAUAUGCAAUGCAGGGCUCUUGGUUGCAGAUUCUGCUCACGGAAGACCUCAUUUCAGAGAUGACUGUAAGCAUGGAAGAGUUAUGCACUGCUGAAGGUCUCACACUGCCGAAAACAUACACGUGGCCCAACCGAAAGAUGGCCAUCACACUUUUGCCUGAAGAGCUGUGACCAAGCUGCUUUAUUUAUGAUGUGCAUCAACUGUAGAAACUUUCAGCUGGAAAAUCCAUCCUACCGAAAAGUGCCUUCACGAC